GAAAGCAAAGCAGGGGAGAUGAAUGGGACCACCUUUUCUUGGAAAACCAAGUGGAUAAACUUUUAAAAAAAUUCACUUCUUUUCUCUCUAUAUCACUAUAUCUUUUCCUCCUUGAUCCCUUCUUCUUCUUCUUCCUCCUCCUCUUCUUCUUCUUCAUUCUUCAUUGAAUCAAUCAAUGGCUGUUUCUCUGAGGCCUGGAAUGAGUCUUUCUGGUUCUUGUUAUGACAAUGGUUUGGAAACCCAGAAAAAAUCUUCUGUUUUUCCUUUGGAUCAAUCCAUGGCUUUGAAGACUGAGCUUAAAGGAAGACAAGUUGCAGUUAUUGAUGACAGAAACCAAAAUCAGAGGAAAAUGUCUAUUUGUGUUCCAAGAGUUCUAAGAUGGUGGGAGAAAACUACAUCAUCAAACAUGAUAGAGAUAAAGUGUGCACAAGAACUUGUUGAUGCAUUGAUUAAUGCAGGUGAUAAGCUUGUGAUUGUUGAUUUCUAUUCUCCUGGUUGUGGUGGUUGCAAAGCAUUACAUCCAAAGAUAUGUCAAAUAGCAGAGUUAAAUCCAAAUGCUCAGUUCCUGAAAGUGAACUAUGAGGAACUGAAACCAAUGUGCCAUAAACUCCACAUCCAUGUACUCCCUUUCUUCAGAUUCUACAGAGGAUCUCAAGGACUUGUUUGCAGUUUCAGCUGCACUAAUGCAACUAUAAACAAGUUCAAGAAUGCAUUGGCAAAGCAUGGAAAAGAUCAAAGUAGCAGUAGCAGUAGCAGUAGCAGUAGCAGUAGCAGUAUUGGACCUGCAAAAGGGUUGGAAAUAAAAGAGUUGUUGAGCUUGGCUUCAAGUGGAGAGAUUGAUCAAUUGAGUUACUCUUUGAGUUCAUCAAUGUAGUUCAUAUUUGUUUUUCAAUUUGAUUUUUCAGAUAGAUUGCUUCAGAACAGGGUGUGUAACUUUUUUCUAUUAUUAUUAAAUAAUGGAAGGGAAUCACCCUGUGAUUGAAUAAACAAACAUUUUUGUUACUAUUUUCU